UUCCCAUCAUUCGUAGCUGCUCAUGUCCGCCGCCGUUGUAGAAGGUGAGGUGUAGACAUACGAUAGAACUUGUUUUGUGUGGUAACAAUCGAGGAAUUCCAUAUGUGGCCUGAAAUUAUAGUAUUUGAGUACUUGAGCAAUGGGGAAAUUAUAUCGAAAACUGUGUCUCUCAUGGGGUCCUCUAUUUAAAGAGAAAGAAGUGUUUUUCGCACGGGUUUGAAGUCUCAAAAAUGGCAUCGAACUCUGAUAAAAUGGCCGUAACAGUGGAUAAUCAUACGAAUUCUCCUGUAAAUGAACAAAAUAGUCGGGACGAGAGUGAUAAUAAAGUAAUGGUAGGUGCCAAUAAACAUGGAUGCGAGGGUGUACACAAAAAGAAGACAUUUAAAAUCACAAGUAUCACGAAGAAUCGUGGUGGGAGUAGCGAGGCUCCGAUCGGGGAACUGGAUGGGGACUCUCUAGAGGAUUUGGAUGAGACGGUGGAGAGCCACACAGAGGAUGCUAGCUCUGAGAUUCUUGAUGGCUCAAAGUAUGAAGAUGUGGGGGAACAAAGUCCUCUUGAGGAUAACACGUUUGCAACAGAGGUCCCUGCAACAGAGGUUCCCACAACAGAUACUGAAUCUGAUCCGGGUAAAGAGGUGAAGGAUAAAGGCGACCAACAAACUGUGACACGGUUCAAAGUUGUCAAAGUGGAAACAAAGGAACCUUUCCGCCGAGGCCGAUGGACAUGCAGAGACUCUCUGGAUACACCAGCAGUACCGGAGGGCAGUGACACAAAAGUUGGUAACAAAGACCGAGAGAAAACAAACUCAGGUAAUUCAAGUGCCUGCAGUUCAAUACACUAUGAUUAUGGUCAAGAUGAUCCUUCUAAAAAUCCUCUACAUGCUGGAAAUACUUUAAAUCAAGUGACAGAUCAGUUAAAUGAAGUUGUAAAAAAUCAAGCACCUGGACUUGUUUUGAACCAGAACGUUCACAUGACACAGACUGGUCAGUUAGUUUGGAGUGAUGGGACACAGAUGCCACAAUCAUCGAUGAACAUUGCUGCUUCAUAUGGAAUGCAUCCAAAUCCCUCCAAUCAAAACUUGAAUCAGAUUUCUAAACUUUUAUAUGGUGUUCCUCCACCAAUUGGUGACCAGGCAACGCUUCAGUCCUACAUAAAUGCUUUAAAUUCCGUAAGUGGAUCUGGAGCCCCCAGCUUCCCUCCCAAUCACCCUACUGCGAGUGUCAGUCCAAGUCCAGGUGUCGUGGGUAGUCAGAGUCAAAGUCAGCAACAAUCUGUGUCAGUUCAAGCCAUACCGAAUGGACCCCUUGGUCUUGGCUCACAACAACAGCAUGUUUCAAAUGCACCCGAGAUAAGUGCAUUGCCGAGUGGCUCUCUUCCUAUGAGCAUUAAUGUUUCUGCAAGUAAUAAUGACUUGGAAUAUACUCAGUCACACUCUUUGACAAUUGAGAAAGGAAGGCAACCACCAACAAACUUACAAACAAAAACCCCCUUGAAUUUGACUAAUGAUGGCUACAGUGUUCCUCAACCUGGUAGCAUUCGCUCUCCGGUGGAUUAUCAUGAUAAAACAGAAACUUCAAACAUACCCAGUAACUUAGCACUUAAUCUGUUAGCUAGUCAAACCAAUACUGAACAAGUCAUUAAUAAAAACAUAUCAGACAAGCUUCCUCAAGACUCCAAGAGUUUGAUGGAGCCAGGGGAGUCGGGAAACACCUCCCUAACUCCGAUCCUGACCGAGUCCGCUGUGGCUGAAGCUGUGGGGAGCAUAGCAAGUCCAACUAAAGAAGACACAGAGAGAUUGAAGAAAAUUCGUGGUUCAAGUACAGUGGCCAUUGAUAACAAGAUUGAGCAAGCUAUGGAUUUGGUAAAGAGCCAUUUGAUGUACGCUGUCAGAGAGGAAGUGGAAGUUCUGAAAGAACAAAUCAAAGAACUGAUUGAGAAAAACUCGCAACUAGAGCAUGAGAACAACAUCCUAAAGGCUGCAGCAAGUCCAGAAACGCUGGCCCUGCUCAACCAGCCCCGCCAAUCCCAGCCCCCACCCUCAUCGUCAUGACAACCUCCUCCCACAGGGUCUGAGAUGACCCAGUCUAUUCAAAGCUUUGAGUGCCCUGGUAUCACCAGAGAGUCACCAAAAGAAUAGGAGGAGCCACCGAUUCAGUGAGAGGCUAGCUGACAACAAAGUAUGACGUACUUGACGCGUGUGUUGGUUAAGUUGAGGCAGUGCGUGGCUUGUCUCUGAACGAGGGGGGCGAUUUCUGAACCUUGGAUUCAGAUUGUGUUGCGGGUUAUGUUGGAAUUCGUAGACAUACUCAUAUUAUGAUACCGGUACACAGAUGUAAAUGUGUAAACAUAUUAAGAUAUGUCAAGACUUUGUAUAUUGACACUAAAACACUGAAAAGGGUACUCUUAUUCCAAAUCAUCAUCUGCCAUUCCUAGUUUUAUAAUGUGUUGCUCUAAACGAAAGAAAUACUUUAAUUGUUGAUCAUUGUAACAAAAUUCAUGUUUUGUGUGUAUUGAUUUUGUGCUCACAGAAGUUCCAUUUUUUAAAAUUGAAUUUUAAGAAAGGAAACAUUUUAGAAAAGAAUCAAGAUAUUUUUGUGCCAUGUAAAAUGAAGACCUCCCUAUUCAAUCUGUUGGCUUCAUUUGGAUUCCACUGGUGCUUGGUUGUUUUUCUUUUUUUAAGAAAGAUAUGUUUUAAUGAGCAUUAAAAGCAAAUGAUAAUGGCCAGUAUUUGCAGAAUGUAGAUUUGUGAAAUUAAAUCCUAAAUUUGUCUGAAACAAAAUGUGAAGAGAAUUUUCAUGGCAAAUGAUUUUUUUUUUUUCCCUCAGUGUAAGUGAUUCUGAAGUGAGAUUAUGACUGUACAUAUCUCGCCAAAUCUGUAAAUACUGUAGAAAUUAUAAAUUUUCUGUAUUAAGUACAAAAAGUAUAUUUUCAACUGUUGAAUCGUUAUAUAUAUAUAUAGUAUAUAUACAUUUGAAAUUUGCUUUGCCAUUUCCAGCCUGUUUCCCCCUGUUUUCUCUCUCAGUAAAAACUUACUUAUAUUGUUCUUUUUUCACUAGUCACAGGAAAUAGUGAACUUUAAAGAAAAUCAGAUAUUUCAAAAAAAUUCAUGAUUGAAGACAGACUUAAUACGAUCCAAAUCAGAUACUUGAUAAAUGCAUCAAGAGAAUUUUAACCAUAUUGGGAGACAGAGGCAAAAAGACCAGGUCAUGGCUUUUUACUAACUGAUUUUAUAAAUCAUUGUUUCUGUUAAUUCUAGUUUUAACAACACAAACUUGUAAAAUGGACUGUGUGUGUCCCUUGAAAAGAAAAGAUCAGCAAAACUUGUUUGCUACAGAAGUGGAAGCGAUGAGUAGAUGAGACAGAUACAUCUACUGUUGUUUGUGUGUUAUGACUAGCAUUAUUUAUGAAAUUAUAUGAAAUAAAAAAUUAAAUGUGAUAUGCUUGGAAACAAAUCUAUAUUAAAAUUUGCAUACAUGAAAA